UUAAUUAUCACAUUCAUUUCCAUAACAUAUGGCUAAAAUAAUUAACAUAGUUAUCAUAUUCUUGUGGUCUAGCAAUAGGAAAACUCCAACAAAAUAUAGUAGAAUCGAAGAUAUGUUCAACUCAAACACAUCAUAGAUUUUAAUUAUUCACCAUGUUAUAUAGGUGGCAUAUUUUUAAUUCAUUGGAUCAUUAUUCAAAUGACAUGAGAAGGAAAACUUGCCACAAGAGAGAGAGAAGAGGGUAUAUUAGUAAAUGCAUAGUAUCAAUUAUUUGACAUAUACUCAAUCAAACUACAUAUAUAAGCUCUAUUUCAUAACUUAUUUUCUACUCCCACCAAACCUCAAUCUUCAUAGAUACACUCUCAUUCUUCUAGCCUUAAAUUAUGGCCAAAUCACCAUAUCUAGAGGAAGAUUGUAUGAAAAACAACAAAUUAAAAAAUCAUAGUAGUAGCCAUAAUAAGGCAAAGAAUUUAUCUUUUUUUGCUUCUAUAUUCUCUCUUUUCAUCUACAUAUGUAUCUUCUAUAUCUUCAACCUUUCUCCUUCUUCUCUCUUAAACAACAAUAUCUUUUGGUUUAUCAUUUCCAACACCUUAAUCCUCAUCAUAGCUAUUGACUAUGAAGCAUUCUCUUCAUCAAAACAAAAACAAGAACAUCUUCAUGAAGAGUAUGUAAAACAUAGUCAUGAAACUAGAUACUAUGCCUCAUCAAUUCCAACAUAUGUUCAAGUUGAACAAGUUGAUAAACAAUGCAUUAUCAAUCCAAAACAAGAGCUAGAACAUGUUAAGAAAGACACAAUUGUCCCUCAAAGUGUGUUGGAAAGUGUGUUACAAAAUCAACCAAAGAAAAGUACUAAUGAUGAUAGUACAAAUGAGAAGAAGAAUUCAAUACUUCACUUGCAAGUAGAUGAUGAUGAUGGUCAUGAGAAACAUGAAGAGAAAGUAAAACCUCCUACAAGAUCAAUUUUCAGAAGAAGUAAAUCUUAUAGACACAAUAGAGCCAAACAUGUUGUGAUUGAUGAAAGAAGGAAUUCAGUGAGAAGGUUAGAUUCUAUGAAGAUAGAACCAAAAGUAGAAGAAGAAAAUGAGUUUUCUAUGAUGUCAAAUGAGGAUCUUAAUAAGAGAGUGGAAGAGUUUAUUCAGAAAUUCAAUAAGCAGAUUAGACUUCAAGCAUCAAGUAUAAAUUGAUGUCUAUAUCAAAUUAAGAUGGUCUUUUCAGUGUUAGAAAGAAUCAAAGACUGUUCCUAACUUUUUGAUGUCUUGUAGCUUGUGUACUUGUUUAAUUAAUGUUGCACUUUGAUAUAGAAGUUCUUAGUCCUAUCUUUUUCUUAAAGUGUUUCACUUGUCUAUUUUCUAUGGAUUUU